AAACAACACAGUCAAGAGUCAGCACAGUCAAGAUACACCCUACCAGUUAGCUAGCAACUAGCAAGCUAACCUCCCCCCAAAUUGGUUGAAAAAUGGAGGAAUACAAGGAGAAUGUUCAAGACAGGGGUGGCAAUGUGAAAUUGUCCUCUAAACCGGAGGAAGAUGACAAGUCUUGCAGCAGAGUCAGAGUUUGUAGUAACAUCGGUGAACCCGUCCCUCAAGCAUCUCCUACUCACGGCGACUUCAGUGAUCCUGUUUACAAAGAGAUUGCUCUUGCAAAUGGACAUAUCAACCGCAUGAACAAGGAUGAGCUUCGGGCCAAACUGGCAGAAUUGAAGCUUGACACAAGGGGUGUGAAGGAUGUGAUGAAGAAGCGGUUGAAGAACUACUACAAGAAACAGAAGCUGUCGAUGACGCAGUCUGUGACAGCGGGUGAAGCCACGGAUACCUACUACGACUACGUCUGCGUGGUGGACUUUGAAGCAACGUGUGAACAGGACAACCCCGCUGACUUUACUCAUGAAAUCAUUGAGUUCCCAAUGGUCCUGCUCAACACGCACACUUUAGAGAUUGAAGACACCUUUCAGGAAUAUGUCAGACCAGAAGUCAACACACAGCUGUCAGAGUUCUGUGUAAAGUUGACAGGAAUAACACAGAAAAUGGUUGAUGACGCAGACACGUUCCCUGAUGUCCUUGAGCGGGUUGUGCUUUGGCUUCAGGAGAAAGAGCUUGGCACAAAAUACAAAUACACUCUUCUUACAGACGGAUCUUGGGACAUGAGCAAGUUCAUGAACACCCAGUGCCGUUUAAAUCGUCUCAGAUAUCCACAGUUUGCAAAGAAGUGGAUCAACAUCAAAAAAUUAUACGGGAACUUCUAUAAGGUCCCUCGCACCCAGACCAAGCUGAGUAGCAUGCUUGAGAAGCUGGGACUAAAAUACGAGGGCCGCCCUCACUCUGGCCUGGAUGACUCACGCAAUAUUGCCCACAUUGUGAUGCGCAUGCUGCAAGACGGCUGCCAACUGCGCAUCAACGAGCGCAUGCACGAAGGACAGCUGCGGACUGUGCCCAGCUCUGCCCCUGUGGAAGGAGCCCCACCCCCACAUACCCCCCGCAGCAGAGACUAGACCUUGGCUCCGCAUCCCCUGGCUCUGAGAGUCCUGCAUUGAGGCCUUCAAGCAGGCAUCCCAUGUCUGUUUUACCCCCAUGGUUUAAAAAAAAUCAUAGCACUUUUCCCACUCAAUCGAAGAGUCUGUUUUUAUUUUUUAUUUUUUCAAAAUUGUGGGACUGUGUGGAUAGUUGUUUAAUUGGACUAGUAGUGCCACUUACCACAAUGUGAAUUUUGUUGCUGCCUUUUGACAUCCUCUGUAGAUUUCUACAGUAGGACUAAGACAUCUGCUAGGGAUUUUCUUUAAAGAAUGAUUUUUAAAUUUGUCUUUCAUAUUGUCUGAAAACAAAAACAUCUUUGCUGCUAACCCUCGAAGGCUGAGUUUACACAGGCAGCCCACUUUGGAUAUUUUGCCACUAAUUAACCGUUUGACCAAUCAGAUCAGAUCUCUUGCCCAUAAUUGGGUAAAAGAUCAGUGGGCAAAAGAUCAGAAAUGGGCUGCUAGUGUAAAGCAGCCAAAUUUACUUGACUGUGUCUGUUAGAGGCCUUGCAUGAGUUUUACAGAGCACACAAGGCUUUUAAAAUAGGUUCAAGACAAUUGAGGAUGUCGGCUUUAAGUUUGGUGUAAGCAAUGCAUAUACUUUGUGAUUUACAUGAUACAUUUUUGCACAAGCUCACAUGCAAACAAUGUAUGAACUAUUUAGCUAUUGUCUUAACAAUUUCUUUUAGUACUAAUAAAUAUGUAUAAACUCCAGUAAUUCUACUGCCUUGUUACAAACCAUACCAACUACAAUUGUUUUAUUUUUUUUAAGCAACUAAAAUGUACUUCUAUUUUUCUAUUAAUUCCCUGACACUGGUAAUUAUAUAAAUGCCUAUUAUUAUACUGCUUAACUAUUGGCAGUUCUGGUUAAUAGGAGUUAGUAGUGGGUGAUGUUCAUUUUUAGCCUGCUUUCUUCACUUUCUGGGGGCAGUAUAGUUUAAAGGCCUUUGACAGACCUUGACAUGUAUUGUCUGUCUGGUUUUUGUUGUGCUGCAUUUUAUAAUCGAUUUGAACUUGAUGGACUCGAUGUACAGUGCCAACUGAUCGAUGGAUAAGGACAAUUGUAAUACACACUAGCGUAACAUUUGCAUUAAAUCUUUCAAUGUACAAUUGGUACAAUCCCUAACAUUUCUAACACAUCUGUGCUUCAUGGCAUCAGGUUCAAGAUUUUUUUUUGUUAAGUACAAAACCAAUCAAAUGUCUACCAUAAGCGGCAAGUCUAUGAUUUCUAGUUAAAUUAAAUACAUUUCAACAUUCUA